AAAAGGGAGGUAAAAUGGAAAUGGGGGGAGAGCUGAAGAAGGUGCUAAAAUAUUGGAUGGAAGGAGAAAUCACAAGUUUCAUCAAGGUAUGGCUCUCCGCUUAUCUAUCUCUAACCUAUUGUUACAUCGCCGCCAAGAUGCUGCGCAGCUCCGGCGCCAGGCUGGCCGCAUUCCUUCCGGUGGUGUGCCUCUUCCUCCUCCUCCCUCUCGAGCUCCACUCCGUGCACUUGGUCGGCACCACCGGCUUCUUCCUCGCCUGGCUCGCAACCUUCAAACUCCUCAUGCUCGCCUUUCACCAAGGCCCUCUCUCCACCACUCCCCCUCUCUCCCUCCCGAGAUUCCUAGCCGUUGCUUGUCUCCCAAUCAAGCUCCGUCGAGACGAUUCAUAUAAGAAAGACACCGGAAGAAUGCACAGAUCACUGUUAAUUAAUUACAGCGUGAAGGGGGCUUUGUUUGUUGUACUGCUGAAGGUGUACGAGUACGACGAUCGCAUCCACCCCAUUUUGAUAAAGGCGACAUACAGUUGCCACGUGUACCUAUGCUUGGAGCUGAUUCUGGCGAUGGCGGCGGCGAUGGCGCGGGGGUUGGUGGGGGCGGAGGUGGAGCGGCAGUUCAACGAGCCGUACCUGUCGACGUCGCUGCAGGAUUUCUGGGGGCGGCGGUGGAACCUCAUGGUAACGCGUAUACUGCGCCCCACGGUAUACCAGCCCGUGCUGGGGUGGUCGGCGGGGGUGGUGGGGAGGGAGUGGGCCCCGCUGCCAGCUGUGGUGGCGACCUUCGCUGUUUCGGGAGUUAUGCACGAGCUUAUAUUCUUCUAUCUGGGCCGCGUGAGGCCCACGUGGGAGAUCUCUUUGUUUUUCCUGCUGCACGGGUUCAGUUUGGCGGCCGAGAUUGUUGUGAAGAAGGUGGUCGAUGGCAGGUGGAGCUUGCCUGCGCCGGUGGCGAAAUUGCUGACCGUUGCAUUCGUGUUGGUGACGGCGUUGUGGCUGUUUUUGCCGCCGCUGAUGCGGUGUAAAGGGGAUGAGAGGGGGCUUGCUGAGGUGGCAGCCGUCGCCCAUUUUAUCAAGGAUGUCGUUCGAGCUCUAACUCUCACACUCAAGCCGUAGACCCCACAUUUUCCGUUUCUCUCUCCCUUUUUGGAAUACAAAAGCUUAAGCUACAUUUUAGUACUAGUAUUCAUCAAAUUUAUCUCACAUGAAAUAACGAAGUAUCUUAGCUAUAUUAAUAUUGCCCAACUAUAUAUUAUGUUAUGUUGCAUGCUAAUAUCUUAUGAAAAUAAAAUAAGA